GACCACAAACGUCACUGUUUGUCACUAGCGCUUUCAGAAAGGUGGUCUUGUUGCAUAAUAACGUUAAAUCUUUAAGAUCAAAAUUUCAAGAUGCUGAAGCCUGCUAACGUCCCUGGCUACUUUAGAGCAGUUAGCCAAGUAGUAAGUAACCAACUCAACACUGGUAAACAGGUUGCGAUACUCCCACAAAAGUCAGUGGUUCACAUACCAUGGUCGAGCAGUUCACCCUCUGCCCUUAGCAAAGCCCUACCAACAGGAAACAUCGCAGUUUCAGUAGGACCAGCAGUUAGCAGCCAAGUGAGGUGUGCUCAUACCGACAUUACUGUACCAGACUUUAGCCAUUAUCGCAGAGAUGGUACUAAAGACCCCGCAAAAUCAUCCCAUGAUAGUGAAGAUGCUAGAAAGAAUUUUACCUAUUUGAUGGCUGGAGGACUUGGCGUUGGUGCAGCCUAUGGUGCCAAAUCAGUGGUCUCACAAUUUAUUAGUUCUAUGAGUGCAUCUGCUGAUGUAUUGGCUUUAGCUAAGAUUGAAAUUAAGCUUUCUGAUAUCCCUGAAGGCAAGUCUGUUACCUUUAAAUGGAGAGGUAAACCCCUAUUCAUCCGCCACAGAUCCGCAUCCGAAAUCCAAGCAGAACAAUCCGUUGCAGUUAGUUCCCUUCGUGACCCCCAACACGAUAACGACCGUGUCCAAAACCCAUCGUUCUUGAUUGUAAUUGGUGUAUGCACCCACUUAGGUUGUGUCCCAAUUGCCAAUGCAGGAGACUUUGGAGGUUAUUACUGUCCAUGCCACGGAUCCCAUUACGACGCCUCUGGUCGCAUCCGUAAAGGACCUGCUCCUUUGAACUUGGAAGUACCACCUUACAACUUCCCCAGUGAAGAUCUAUUAGUUGUUGGUUAAACGAUUUUUUAAUUAAUAGUUGAAUUUUACUUGAGUGACGUAUUAUGAAACUGGAAGAAGAAGAAUUUUUGGCAAGUUUUUGUUAAUUUCUGUUUAAAACAUUUGUCAAAAUUUUGAGUGAUAGCGCGAACAGUUUUACAAUACUCAUUCUUUGUUGGGUUCAGCUUAAGUCAAUUUAUUUAUUUGUAUGUCGAUAAAAGAUUCCACAAUGUAAUUGCAGGUAUGUACAUAUAUCUUUUAAAUCAAAUAUUUGGUUAAUGUACCCUUACAGUGACAUUAAAUAAUUUAGAAAGAUUA